AUGGCCUGGAGACAACGAGGAACAAACAGCCUACGAGGCUUGAUGGACAAUCUCGGCAGCAGCUCAUCUACAGGAGGCAGUAAUAGUGCAGGUGGUGGUCGAGGGAUAGUAGGCAGUGCAGGAACGUUAUUAGCACUUGGAGCUCUGGCUGUUGGAGUGAAUGCCAGCUUAUUCAAUGUUGAUGGAGGUCAUCGAGCUGUCAUGUUCUCUAGAAUUGGUGGUGUCAAGAGCAACGUUUACAAUGAAGGAACGCACUUUCUGAUUCCUUGGUUUGAAUCUCCCAUCGUAUACGAUGUCCGUGCUAAGCCCCGAAACAUCGCCUCUCUCACUGGAACUAAAGAUCUUCAAAUGGUUAACAUCACUCUAAGGGUGUUAUCACGACCACGAGUUGAAGAACUACCUCGAAUCUUCAAGACUCUGGGUAUCGAUUACGAUGAGCGAGUCUUGCCAUCCAUCGUCAACGAAGUCCUCAAAUCUGUAGUUGCUCAAUUCAACGCUAGUCAGUUGAUUACCCAACGUGAACGAGUAUCACGUCUGAUCCGUGAACAACUGGUUCGACGAGCAUCAUCAUUCGACAUUAUUCUUGAUGAUGUCUCCAUUACCCAUAUCGCAUUUUCACCGGAAUUCACCCAUGCCGUUGAAGCCAAGCAGAUUGCUCAACAAGAAGCACAACGUGCUUCAUAUGUGGUCGACAAGGCCAAACAAGAAAAGCAGUCGAUUGUAGUCAAGGCUGAGGGAGAAGCCAAGUCAGCUGAAAUGAUUGGAGAGGCUAUUCGUAAAAACAAGGGAUUUUUGGAUUUACGACGUAUUGAAACGGCCCGAGAAAUUGCUACAAUCAUAGCCGCAUCGAGCAAUAAAGUGUAUAUGGAUGCUAGUACGCUCUUGAUGAAUGUGAACGACUUGACGCCGGCUCAAGAGGACAAGAAACGAUAA